AUGCUACGAAAUAAUAGAGAUUCUCACCUGACCCGCCAAAUAUGGUCACCCCCAUCCUUACGAUUCGUUUCUACGAUUGCUUUCGUCGGUUACAAUCUCGUUCUGAUUGCACUGCUUGAAGUCUUCAUCCGCCUGUCUCCAUACAACCCACCACGCAGUUCAGGGAUCAAAUUCGCCUGGACAUACUUACCGACAGCAUGCCUUAUGAUUGUCGAGUGGGUAUGGGCAGCAUACGACCUGCAGGUUAGACUCCUCACGCCUUGGGCCGAACUUUCACGCGGCACCGCUCCCGAGAAGGUCUGGAAGCUCGACUAUUUCGGAUGGAACUAUUUCGUAGGAUUGUGGUACGCCGUCAAGAAUCUGCAUUUGGCGGUUCUGCUAUGUUUUCUUGGAGUCUGGCUUGCCGCAUUGGCUGGAGUUGCCUCAACAUCGUUGUGGACGAUCCAGAUACAGUCUACCACACCGUCUACCAACCUUAUGCUCACGUCUCACCUGAAUCCGAAUUCUUUAUUCUGGGAGGUGAACAACACUCAGUCUUCCGAUGCAUCUUACAUCACACCUUUCCUUGGUCAUAUUGUCUUUGACCUCGCGCGCUCGCCGUGGUGCGACAUCAUUGGUCGCACAGACGAAGGGGUACUCCGCCAGCCUUAA